CAAGUGAAGUUUGUUGUUUUUAUCGCCACUCGUGAACAGGAAACAUGCCUAAAGUAAAAAGAAGUAGGAAACCUCCUCCAGAUGGAUGGGAAUUAAUAGAACCGACAAUAGAUGAACUUGAUCAGAAAAUGAGAGAAGCUGAAACAGAUCCACAUGAAGGAAAGAGAAAAGUGGAAGGAUUGUGGCCAAUUUUUCGCAUUCAUCAUCAAAAAUCCAGAUACAUCUUUGAUCUGUUUUAUCGCAGAAAGGCUAUUAGUAGAGAAUUGUAUGAAUACUGCCUGAAGGAAGGAAUUGCAGACAAAAACCUCAUUGCAAAGUGGAAAAAGCCUGGCUAUGAGAAUCUGUGUUGUUUGCGAUGUAUACAGACCAGAGAUACAAACUUUGCCACAAACUGUGUAUGUAGAGUACCCAAGAGCAAACUAGAAGAGGGAAAAAUUGUGGAGUGUGUAAAUUGUGGGUGUAGAGGGUGUUCUGGCUGAGAUGUGAGUCUGUCCAAGGAAUGUCCACUGCGUUGUUCACGCCAACCAGGAUGGAAAGGAGGAGUUUUCGUGGAUUAUUGGUGGCUAAUGCUGUCAUAGUCCAGUGGCAUUGUGUUUUAUAUCAAGAACUUGCCUGGUCCUAUUGACUCUUUGACUAUGCUUAUCAUCGUUUAUAUCAGCUCAUGACAUAACCUGAGCAGCACAACUGAGUGCAUGGCCAAGUGAGCCACGGUUAAUAUAUGGUAUUCCAAUGCAGUGACUGUACGACUGUUGUUUAAAAUCUCAGGCUUCACGUUAGGCUUUGUGUCAUUCAUUGUAUGCUUAAAUGUGUUUCAUCUUGUAGUCCAGCUUAUUGCUAAUCACAUGUAACCAGUUAGUCUUCUGAAGUUUGUCCUUGCACACCAGCAUCUGCCAGAGGCUGCAUAGCAUUCUGUCUUGCCUAAAGUUAUUGUCCUAUAUUUCCUGUGCCAUUUAAAUUUCUACAAUUAUUGAAGUAAUUUGAUCUAUAAUUCAUUAAAAAAAAUCAGGUUUUUAUCUAUAUGCCUGAGUGCCUCACAUUUUACCUGAUGGCUUUAUUCUGUCAGAGAUAAAUUUACUUCUUGCUGGCUUGGGUGCAGCUGUUUUGUUGAAAGUUGUCCACUAUAUUUGGUAUAAACAUGUCUCUGAUUCUCCAGCCUCAUUGCUGGAGAAUUUCCUGGAUUUCAUAGUCUGAUUGUCAGGUAUUUUUGUACUGUAAUUUAGAGUACAGAAUACACCUUUUUUCGUCUUGGGCAUAGUGGUUAGCGAGGUAGUGCAGCACAAUGACCCUGGAGCCUCUCACCUAUGCCGUGCGAGUUCAAGUCCAUCUCAUACUUCUUCCUCUCCAUUUGUACGUGAAAAGGUCUGACAGCCACCUGCGGAUAGUCAUGGGUUUCCUCCCACCAUAAUUGUGACCGUCAUCGGAAAAAUUCUUGAGUAGGGCGUAAAACCCCGAUGAAAUAAAUAAGUUUCUUCUCACAUAAAUUAUGAUUAUAAUGGCUAAAAUAUUCUCAUAAUCAGUCAUGGUAUUUGGUGGAGUCUCAGGCUGUACGAUUUAAAGGCUCUAGCUGUCAGUGUGGUUUGAGGAUUGGGUGGAACACUGGGUAUAUGAUGAUGGCACAAAACAAAUGUGUUUAAACUGUACAGUUUUCAAGCCUGUAUUUUAGGGCGAAACAGGUUCCAAAUUAUUAAACUGAAUAAAUCAAGUGAAUUUGAAGCAAGUGAUUUUUAGUUUUGUCUGAUCUUUAGCGGUGGAUUAUAGGCAUUGUGUCAUUCAUGCUUUACGCUGUUUGCAACAUUCCUGACCACCAAUUACCUUAAAUGAAUUAAGACUCUCCGUGACCAAGUUGCUUAUUUUUCCCUGAUUCAUGGUUUCCUGAGAGUGCUGUUGAUCUCAGAAUUAUGUUUCCAGGUGUGUUGGAAAGUUGGAUGUUCCAGCACACCAACAGAAAAAAAAAACCCAACAAAAAAAGGCCUUAUGGCAUUUAUUUACCUCUAUAAAUGCACCUCUGUGGGUCAGAUUCUAUGUAAUGUACAGUGGUCUGCUUUUUUAAAUUUAAAUCGUUGCCUAAUGACCAAGAAUGUAUAGUUCCUGGAAGAUUUCUUAUACAAAACCCUAAUAAAGCAGAAGUGGGUGUUUUUAUUGGUCUACUUGAAAUCUACAAAGGUACUAAAACACUUGUGAAAUGAAGACGUUGAAAUCUUUUUAGUUCAUUAAUACUGGUAGUUGAGUGAAGGAGGGCAUACCAGUGGACAGCAUUAAACUUUGAGUCAAUGGGAUUGUUUUCGAAUCAGGUCUGCUGAGAACUUUAAACAUAGGAGACAGAAAAUAAAAGUAUUUUAAACUGACACAUGCGCUGACUGAAUGGCUGACAAACUUCAGUUGACAAGUCAGCAAGAUUCUUGGAGUAACCAAUAAAAUGGUCACGGGAAAGAACAUCCUCCGUAUUUUUCAAUGUGAUGGAAAU